GCAGAAAGCGCUCCUAUCGGGGUAAAACAUGAGCACAGGCGCAUCGCACGGAGGAAGGAUAUUUGCACGCGUUUCGAAGCAUUUCCCUAUUUCCCCUCCAAAAGAUGGCUACGCUCGUAUAUGCAGCGCGCGCUCGCCCGUAGUCCCGGGUAGGGCAGGGGGUGGGUUAGAUGGAGGCGCCCGGGCGGCGGUUGCGACGGGCGGUCUGACGACGAUGCUGCACGCGCGCAAGUGUGUAUGUGACAGCAUUGUAAAACUUCACACAGACGAUGCGCGUAUCGCCGCAGCAUAAGUUUUCGGUUGCACGGCGGCGGCGGCAGCAGCAGCAGCAGCAGUCGCUCUGGGUUAGUUUUUCCUCUGUCUCUGUCUGUGUUUUUUCCCGUCACGCAGGCACUUGUGUGGUCUCCAUUCUGAUUACACCCCAGACAGUGCUAGUGGGUUGAGUGUUGGGUUACGGCGUUGUCUGGUGGCGAUAUUUGCGACUGUUGUGAGGAGACAUUUAUUCCACUACCUAGCACCAACCAUCGCCGACGAAAACACCCGGAACGGAAAGCAAUCACAAACAAUACCGAAAAUCGCUGUGGCUGACGACAUAUUUGUGUGCAGUUGGGACGCCUGUGACGCCAUCCGGACAAAUGUGGUAAUAUUCGAUUGCCGUUUUUUCCACUGUACCAAGGAAUAGUGUAUCCAUCACUAGACGGAUUGCUGCGAUUGUGACCGUGUGCGUGUGUAUGUGUGUGUGUGUUCAGUUUAUUUUGGAUGUGCGUUACGCGUCACAAUCGCGUUCCCUUUGGUUGCCAUUGGUUUUCCCACACGACACAACUUGCUGAAGAGAAAACACAUUCCCCGUGUACACCACCCUGUGUCGCCGCAUUGGGGGGUGAUUGGUGAUUUUUUGCCUUUGCCUUUCCGUUGUUCAACGACGCACUCGCGAGACGGAGGUGAAACAUUGUGAACAGAGUGAAAAAUCAUUCCUACCGAGGGGGAACCCGUAACUGGUGCUAGCUCUCGCCCUAGUGUGUGUUACUACCGGACACCACCCCCUUAGCUGUACGAGACGCCAUUACGGUGCGGUGCUACCUACUAACCGCUCUGUAUCUGCUUGAGUGUGUGUGUGUGUGUGCGUGUCUAUGUAGUAGUGUGUGUUUGUGGAGCUAUUGUUGUAUAGAGCAGCGAUUACGGAGGAGCGGCCAGAGCCGCCUGUCCCAGGCCGGAACGAGCUGCGAUUGAAACGAUCCGCUCGUGAUGAACUUCUCGGCAUUCGGUGGACCUUUUUCGGGCAUCCAUCAGUUUGCGGCCAAAUUUGGCAGCAACGAUGGAGCGUUCACCAGCACCAACAGUCCCGGAAGUAAUGGGUCGGCGGGACUGGGUGCAGCAGCCGCCGGCAACGGUGUGGGUGGCGUGGCGACGUCGGCCGGUGGCAAUAUGCAGCAACAGCAGCAGCAGCAGCAGCAGCAGCAAGACCUGAACCGGUACCACGGUGCCACCAAUGGAAACCAUUUCAAUCAGAAUGCUACCUCAAUGGUCAAUACACCGAUGUCUUAUGGUCAAAACAUGUCCCAUCCUUACGGUGGAGGAGCCAAUCAGCAAACUAGCAACGAUCACACCUUCGGCAAUGGAAAUGCGUCGAUGGGCAACGAUCACCAGUCAAAAGUGAGCAAAGGCGGUAACACACUCAAGGUAGAUCGGGACGACAUGAUCAAUCAGCAAAUUCUGCAGAACGUUAACCAGUCCUGGCAAACGCUGACCAACCCAUCGAACACGGUCGACUACUCGUCGCACCUGCUAUCGGCCACUCUGCCCAUCUCCAUCCAGCACUUGCUAAAGUACUCCGACGCGAUAAAGAAGGAACCGAACAGCGGAUCCGUUGCCGGGUCGGGCAUCAACUCGCCCGGCCCGCUCGGUGGUCUGAUCGGCGUGGAAACGAACGCAUUCAAUGUGCAGAAAGACUUGCUGAGCCUGAAGAAUGGUUCCAAUCUGAACCUGGCCCUCGGCAAUGUGGCCGUCAGUGCGGCCGCUGCAAGCCUAGGCCUGAACCACCAACACUUGAUGCAGCAUCACCAGCAGCAGCAGCAGCAGCACGCGGCCAAUGCUAACCACCACACAGAUAACGGGUUCGGCAACCAGCAGUCACUGGCGAACAGCAUGGCAAACGGGGGUGGCCAAAAUGUGGUUAGUUCCGAUGCGCACAAUUCGAGCAGCAGUACCGUGAACGGUGGACCGGCGGCCAAUGGGGAGGAAGCGAACGGCGGGUCCGGCACGGGCAAUGGUACGGGAAAGACCAAAACGAAAAAGCAGAAGAAACGCAAACCACCGAAGGAGAAGAAACCGCGCCCGAAACCGGGUCAGAUACGGGAAACGAAGGCCCUGGAUGGGUCGCCCCUGUUCUGCUGCCCCGAGUGCCAGAUGGCGUACCCGGAGCGGGGCUUGAUCGAGCAGCACGUCAUUUCGCAUGCCGUCGAGCGGCGCUUCGUGUGCGAUAUCUGUAAUGCCGCGCUGAAGCGGAAGGAUCAUCUCACACGCCACAAACUGUCGCACAUUCCCGAUCGUCCGCAUAUCUGCAGCAUUUGUCUCAAAUCCUUUAAGCGUAAGGAGCAGUUGACGCUCCACGUCGUUAUACAUACGGGGGAAAAGAAACACAUUUGUGGCGAGUGCGGUAAAGGAUUCUAUCGAAAAGAUCAUCUCCGCAAGCACACCCGCUCGCACAUAGCACGGCGCGUCAAGUCGGAAAUGUCUGCCUCGAAUGGAACUGGCGGUGGCAGCGGAGGUGGAUCGGGAAAUGGCAAUGCAGCGCAAAACAACAGUACGCUGGCAGGAUCCCUGAUGGCCACCAACAUGCAGGGCGCACCGGUAACAGCCUCCUGAGGGUCGUACAAAGACUUUUGGUAAGGUGUGUGUUGGUUCCUCACUAAAUCGAUGGGCACGAGCAGCUUCUAAAGGGCACUUGAUGAUCGCUUAAGUUUGAUGAGACGAUAAGGAAUCUUCAUCUUCGUUAGGAUUUUGUUUACUACAUCUAUUACAUGAUUUGCUGCUUGCCAUGCAAUUGGACAUGUGGAACGCUUUAAUUAUUUAAUUUGCAAUAUUACUUUUCGUCAAACAAUUCAUACUCAUAACAUUAUACGAAUACAUUGAUUUAUGAUUUUUAUUAAAUUUCGACAUCAAUGUGCCAAAGAAUCGUAAGUGCAAUCGAGGAAUCAAUCACCUAAACCUUACCAAAAGUCACGUACUCCGUACCAUAGGGAAAUUAAUUUCAAUAUAAAAUCUUUUCUAUUCGAAGUUCUUACAAAAUCAGAAAAGAUGAUAUUUUGAAAUAGUUUUCCUUGGAUCUAGUCUUGUCAUGCUCAUGAUCAGACGCUAUAUAUUUAUGUGGAAACGUGAUUCCACGUGUUACGCUACUAGUCAGAGUCGCAGUUCUAAAUGGUGUUUCGAAGAUUGAACACACAAGUUGACGUGUAAAGCUGAGCCAUAAAAUGCUCCAAAUAUUCAGACAUUCUGUUCCUAUGUCCGCUAACGUACCCGCACAUUGCUUUCCUAAUCUGCAAAAAAUCAAAGUUCUGAACGCGAGCAAAUCUCCUUCCAUCCCGCCGGCAAGUUGGAAGAAGAGAUCCGAGUCUCGAGCCUAAAAGAAGCAGCAAUAAUUUUUAAAUUUGUACGACAUUUUUGCGCGUUGAAUGCACACACGUUGGAUGUUGUGAAACGUUAAAUAAGCUACCGGAAGCAGUGCAGUGUAUUGGGAGAGCAUUUUCUUCGUCAAUGUCGGUUUAGUUUUGCGGCGGCACGACUCGGUGAGGAACUCAUAAUGAUGCAAAAUGCGAUAAUGGAGGGCGAAAGACUUGCGAUAUUGCCAACGGUACAACAUAGUGCUGCUGCACCGCAGACAAAGUACACACUAUCAGGGAGAGCGAACGCAUACAAAUGAGAUAUGAUGAUAAUCGAACGAUGAAACGGACACACGAGACUUUAAGGAAGCUGCUGAGCGGAGAAAUGUAUUUUGUUUAUUUUCUUACAGAUGAUAAACUCGCUAACAGAAGCUAACAGAGCAAACGUAUAUAUUCACCUGUAAUGAAAGACAACUAUAUACAUAUAUAUUGUAUCUACGUAUAUACAUAUUGAAGGUAUAUAAAUAUAUUUUGUAUUCGAUAUUGGAAAGGAAUUGCACCGCAAAGUCAAACGAAGAGAACCGAAUGGACGUUGUGCGUUGAUUUUUUGUGUUGCAACUUGUCAGAACCAUAUUCGCACUAUUAUUAGAUGUCAUCAUUUAUCGAUUGUAUGAAAACUGUACGGAAGAUUAGGAGAUGUUAAGAACGUAUGGUAUAUUUGCCGGGCAGCAAAGCCACGCGGAAUUCAGUUCUGAGGUGCAGGAGUCGUCUGGAAACCUAAUUGAACUUUACAAAUUAUAUUGUAUUGCACCAGAAUUUAAAAUGAUCCACACGCAGCAACGGUGUUACCAAUCGUAUCAGCACAAGAGAUUCAACAGGUGUUAAUUUUUAUUUUUCUGCAACAAAUACAAUUACAAACUACUACAAAACAGUCCAAACAGUGCAAAGACAGUGAAAGGAAAGGCAUCGCUUUUCAAGUGAAAAUAGAAAACAAAACACACGCCGGUGUGCACAUGAAUCCAAAGUACAAACGGAACGACUAAAAGAACAAAACAAAAUGCAAACAUCUCCCCUGACAUAGGUACGUCCGCCGACUCGUAACCCAUAACCCUAUCUGCAAAUGCAUAAAUUAUUUAAUUACUGUUGCAGUAGUGUUUGACUGUGUUGAAUACAAUAGAUUUACGCAAUGACCAUAUUCCUAAAAGAAAGGUGAAGGCGUAGGAUGGCGGAUGUGCACGCGCACAGUGAAUGGUCCUGGAAAAGAGUAUUAAUAGUUUCCGUGUUGAAUGUUGAAUACAGUAGUUCUAGUCAGAGUGGAGGGGAAUAAAUUCCCAAUUAAUUCACGUGCUAAAGCUCGUGCUCGAAACUGAUGGCAGUAUACUACUGAGCAAAUGGUGGUGAUUUUUAAACAGAACGAAGUUUAACUAUGAAAAAUGAAACAGUAUAUACGACGCUAAAGAGGAAUACUAAAGAUAUAUAGGUUACAUAGGUUUACAGACACAAGUGGCAAGCGGUUGCAUUAUCUCACACACGGCAGCAUCGCUCGGAGGACAGAUCGGUCUGUGCGUGUAUUUAUGUGUGUGAAAACAGCUUAAAAGGAGAAAGUUUACAAUCAAACGAAUCGAAUAAGGGGCGGUAGUACAGCAAUGGAUUGUGAUUAAAGGCAAAAAUUGCAACAACAACUUGACAAAAACGAUUGCCAUACAAAAGCAACAGUGAACGCAAGAGAAACGCAUAGAUCUGUGCAAUAUGAAAGGCGCAAACAAAAAGCACUUUAUAAUAUGUGUAGUAUUUAGUUAAAUGGUGGUACACUUUUUAGUUGAUAUGUGCAUUUUGUGAUGCUUUGAAAUUAGACCGUCUAAUGAAACCAAGGUGUAACGAAAGUAAGGGAGAGUUAUAACACACACAAGCUUAGCUUCGUUUUGCAAUGAAUGGUUCCUUUCGUUCAAGUGAGUUUUGUUUUUAUGUUGCAAUACUUUUAUCCUAGUGUGUAGUGAAUAUUGGAGGUCGAGCACAAAAAAAAAACAACAAAUAAACAAACAAAAACCCAACCCCAAACUCCUAACUUAUCAAAAAGACUUCGAAAGUGAAUCGGAAACGUAAAAACAUCAAACAAUCGGCAAUGCUUCGUAGCGUCUUCGUGCAAGAGACUAAUAUACUAAAUUUUAAUAUUAAGGGUGCGUAUUUAUGCCUAUUUAUUAGUACAUUUUUUAUGAGCAUUAUUCGAAAAUGAAACAAUCGGCAAACGUGUACACGCGGCCGAACGGCGCGUACAACCAUUAUAUACAUACAAUAAUGAUAAUAAUAUAAUAUAUUAGUAAUAUUAAACGAUACACUAUAUUUUGAUAGGCGUCUACCGAGUAAAUAGGUUUUACAAUUUGGCCCUGGUGUGAAGCGAAUACUUCCCAGUCGAGGCUAGUUGCACGAACGAGGAUGAGACUCUGAGAAGGCGGAGAAGAAAAACAAUCCCAAAUCGAUUCACCGAACCGGUGGCGUUCCUCGGUAAGAAUUAAUCAAUACUUCUAGUCACGGGUGUGAUUAAAAACAAACAUGUUUUAUUUUAUGUUUUUGCUUUUAAAAAUUACUUGCGCUUUGCGUAAAGAGACGGCAAUAUGCAAGCGAUAAAGCCGCAAUAAAAAAUGAAGAUAUAAAUCAAAAUAUUUUUUUCAACCAAUAGAACAUAAUACACGCGGUUCUGUGUACUAUGCAUUUACCAAUAUCAACCUGCCUCGGGAGGCAGAUGCGAGGGGCAAAGAACAUGUAAAGAUUUUAAACUAAAUACUAAACACUAUCUUCUAUUCGAUAAAAGAGAAAAUAUAUCUUAACAACAAAUGCGCAAACACAACUUGUAUCAAACAUAAAAUGAAAAGGCCACACAAUACCGGGCCUUUUUCGAUGUUAACAUAAGAAGAAACACUACCGUUCGAUCGUUCCGCAAUAACCCAUUCUUCUUUUGCGUUCCGAGUGCACAAUCAAUCAGCCAGUGUGGCAUGUAGCAUGUGCUGGAAACGGAAAUAUCAAUAAACGAAAAGGAACAACCACAGAGACAAAGAUAAAUGCAAGUAAAUGCAAAAAAAAACAAGUAAAAACAUGUGUAAAUCACGUAAGACAGAAAAAGAAAGCAAAGAAGGAAUGAUAUUUUGAACGUUUUACUAAUUUAUGAACUACUAUAUUGUACCCGGUACAUCGUACUUGUAUGGAAUGUGAAGCAAAAGUUAAGAUCAACAAACACAAACAAAACCAAACGGGCGGAAGGACGAAAGAAAACUAACGUAAAAUACAUUUGUGCUUUUCUUAUAA